GCCUGUCAGGCGAGCCGGGCGCGGAGGUGACGCCAUCUUUACUGCUGGCAGGAGAGAAGGUGACAGGGUUGUAGAAAGUAGACGCCCGCCGGGCACACAGCGGGCUCGGCUGGAGCUGCGGGCAUCGCCCUGGAUGAGGUGGAGCGGCCAAGCUGAGGUGCUCGGGCGCAUCUGCUGCGUCAUCACCGCGCGUCCAGCGGCGCCGCCGAGUUGUUUCCCAACAUGGCCGAGGAGAAGGAGUCUCUAAGGAGGCAAAUCCAGCUGUUACAAGGUCUGAUCAACAGUCAUAAAAAUAUCCACGGCGAUGCCCCCGCAAAUCCAAGAUGGCAGCCGCCGGCCCAGCCCUGUGGAGGAUACCGGCAGCCAAAUCAGAGCAGCUGGAGGAAGAAGUAUUCACUGGUUAAUCGGACAGCGCAAGCAGCGGACGCCUCCGCCGUGUCUGCGGGUGAGAGCGGCGCCCGAAAAGUACCCUCAGCCAUUAUCGUCUCCGAAAAAUUGGGGCAGACAACGUUAUCCGGAAACAAGGACAAGCCAGCUGACGCGUCCGCCUUCAAAUGGCAAAGUGCCGCCGCUCAAGGUGGUCGGGCGCGUCCUAAACCCUCGGUGACGGCCUCUGUGCCAUCCACAUCUGUAUCGAUGGGGCCCCGACCCUUAGACUCAGGGGGCCACAAGGAAAUCCUCAGGGGAGCGUCCAAGACGCAGCAGAAAGUGUCCUGGACGCCAUUGAAUAGAAGUUCUCCAGCUCAGGUACCGGCAGCAGCCCAGCCCCCCUUGAAGAAGACCCCUGUGUCCCUCCCCAAGACUGAAGUGAAAUGUGCACCCCCCAAACCCAGCGCCGCGUCCUCACACCGGACCCCGAGCGCCCCCCAGAAAAGCAAUGAAACCUCCAAAAGUCAGAAGGCGAAAUACAUCUGGGUGGCGGAUUCUCGUAAAGCCCCCCCUGCUGCCAAGAAAGUCAGUCCCAGGAGGGCGUCUGCUGAGGAGAAGUCCCUCGAGGCCACAGCUGCGGUGAAAGGGAAGAAAAAUGGCGCAAACCCAAAGGCACCGGCCCUCAAGAGUCGAUACAAGUGGAAAGCCGAGAACCUUGUGUCUUCCCGAGAAGCUCCGGUCACUCCCGCCUUACAGAGGGGGGCUCCGAGGCCCAGCUCAGCGACUCCCCAACAUAGCAAGGCUCCAGCAGUGAUGGCGGCCGCAGCCUCGUUCAGGAGCUCGCCACAUUCCGGCUACAAGGUGAAAAGCAAAACGAAGAUCAUUAGGAGAAGGAGCACGUCAAGGUCUCCUGCAGAUAAGAAGUCUCCUGAGGCUCCUCUGAUGGUGAAGAGCCGUUACUCGCUGCGCAGGCGGAGCUCUCCUCGCAUGAAAUCUCCGUCUACAGUGAAAAGAAGUUCCCCCCGGGGUCUGGUCCACAUCUCCAAACACCGACUACGAAGACUGCCCCCUCCUGGCAAGCAGCAGCCUUCCCCCACCCGAGAAG